AUGAAAGAGCAACUACGGAUUCAAGGAGACUACAAAGCCCGGCGCCGAGCUCCAAACGGCACCAGCGAAAAUGAAGGACCAUAUUACAACGGCAACAGCAUGAAGAUACGCUCUUCAUCCUUCUUCAAUCUUGCCAAUAUCAGCGUUUCGCCCUCUAUGUCUUCAAUCAAACACACCCUCCUAGCUGCUCUCAUAGCAGCAUUGGGUUCAAAUCCAGCUCAAGCCCAGAAUACAUCAGCGCCUUAUCUUAACACCCUUGCCCAAUCAGCUGGCAAAUUAUGGUUCGGUACAGCGAUGGAUACUACUACCGGGGAAGUCAGCGACAGCGCCUACAUGACUGUUUUUAACGAGACGCAGAUAUUCGGCCAGACGACGCCAGGUAAUACAAUGAAAUGGGAGUUCACGGAGCCUAGUCAGGGUGUCUUCACCUUCGCUGAGGGCGAGGAGACGAUCGCACUGGCGAAAGCAACGGGGAAGAAGGUAAGAUGCCAUAAUCUUGUUUGGUCAUCUGAGUUACCGUCGUGGGUUACUGGUGGGACUUGGACGAAUGAGACACUUCUCGCUGCUAUGGAGACACAUAUUAAGACUGAGGUUGAGUAUUAUGGGGAUGGGUGUUGGUCGUGGGAUGUUGUGAACGAGGCACUUGAUAGCGAUGGAGGCUUCACUUCCAACGUCUUCUAUGAAACGAUCGGAGCCGCGUAUGUCCCGUUAGCAUUCCGAUAUGCUUAUGAGGCAGUACAGUCUCUUGGAGUAGAUAUCAAGCUGUUCUACAAUGACUACGGAAUCGAGUACUCGGGAACAAAGCAUACCGCGGCAUUGGCACUUAUUCAAACUAUUCAGGGGUGGAAUAACGCGUAUAUUGACGGCGUUGGCUUUGAGUCACACUACAGUACAUCGUGGGGAGCUAGCAAGGCAAGCCAGCUAGAGGGCAUGUCAGACUUCGCAGAGCUCGGUGUACAGAUCCAAGUUACUGAGUUGGAUGUGGGAUGCUCUGCUGUCCCUUGUUCUACGAGUGACUUGGCUACGCAGGCUCAGAUAUACUAUGAUACGGUUUCGGCGUGUAUGGAUACUGAGGAAUGUACUGGGAUGACGGUUUGGGAUUUCGAUGAUGAAUAUAGUUGGAUUCAACCUGCUGAUUAUGAUGGGGAGGGUGAUCCGUGUUUGUACUAUUCAGAUUUAUCGAGGCAUCCAGCUUAUACGGCUGUUGCGGAGGCUAUCCAGGGUAUUGAUUGUAGUGUUUGUUAA